AAAGCAUAGACACCUUGCACAUUACUCGAAUUUAUUGUGUAAAACAAACACAUUCAUGAGAGAAACAAUGUUACCAUCCAUUUCUCACGUGUUAUUGUCACUUAUUCUUUGCGUUCUGCUGCUAGAUCCCAUCCUAGCAAUCAAACAGUCCUAUAUUGUAUACUUGGGAUCACAUUCUUUUGGUCCAAAUCCUUCCGCCAUUGAUGCUGAAUUUGUCACCGACUCUCACUAUGAUUUGCUUGGAUCAUUCGUUGGAAGCACUGAAAAGGCCAAAGAAGCAAUCUUUUAUUCUUAUAAUAGAUAUAUUAAUGGCUUUGCUGCAGUACUUGAUGAAGAUGAAGCAGCCAACGUUGCAAAGCAUCCGAGUGUAGUAUCAGUUUUGUUAAACAAAAAACGGAAUUUGGACACAACACGUUCAUGGGAUUUCCUUGGGUUAGAGAGAAAUGGUGAAUUUCCAGAAGCCUCAGUAUGGCGGAAGACAAAGGGUGAAGAUAUCAUUAUUGGAAACAUAGACACAGGUGUUUGGCCUGAAUCCAAGAGUUUUAGUGAUGAAGGGUUCGGACCCAUCCCAAAAAGGUGGCGUGGAAUCUGUAAAACAGAAGAUAAAGUUCGGUGCAAUAGGAAGCUUAUUGGAACAAGAUAUUUUGCCAAAGGUUUAGAGGCAAGUAUUGGUAGAAAACUUAAUGGCUCGAUACUUAGUGCACGUGACUAUGAAGGUCAUGGUUCACAUACUUUAUCAACAGCUGGUGGCAACUUUGUUCAUGGAGCCAAUGCAUUUGGCAAUGGCAAUGGAACUGCAAGUGGUGGAUCACCAAAAGCUCGAGUUGCAGCAUAUAAGGCGUGCUGGCCACAAGAUAUCUUCGGUGGUGGAUGUUUUGAGGCUGACAUUUUGGCUGCUCUUGAGGCUGCCAUAAGUGAUGGCGUGGAUGUGAUUUCCAUGUCUUUGGGUUCAGAUUCACCCCCAGAAUUUUAUCAAAGUGCUAUAUCCAUAGGGUCCUUCCAUGCAGUUGCCAACGGCAUAACAGUAGUUGCUUCAGCAGGAAAUUCAGGACCUUCUCCAGCAACUAUAGGCAACAAUGAACCUUGGAUUCUCACAGUUGCUGCAAGCACAAUUGAUAGAAACUUCGCUAGUUAUGUCACACUCGGUGACAAGAAAACUUUUAAGGGAGCUAGCCUUUCAGAGCAUGGCUUACCAUCUAAUAAGAUGUACCCGUUGAUCGGUGCUUUCGAUGCCAGUCUUGAUAAAGAAGUUGCUAUGGCAGCUCCUUAUUGCCUGAAUGGAACUCUUGAUGCUAAGAAGGUGAAGGGGAAAAUAUUGGUAUGUCUUCGAGGUGGUGGUUUUGGUAGAACUGCGAAGGGUGAGGUGGCUGCUAGUGUUGGGGCUGUUGGAAUGAUUUUGGCUAAUGACGAGGAGUCAGGGAAUGAGAUCAUAUCCGAUCCUCAUGUGCUUCCUACUACACAGGUUGACUUCACCAGUGGCACUUACAUUUAUAAUUACAUCAACCGCACCAAGUAUCCUGUGGCUUACAUUUCAAGAGUGGAAACACAAUUGGGAGUGAAGCCAAAUCCAUUUGUGGCUUCAUUUUCAUCAAGGGGUCCCAAUCAACUUGAGGCAGCAAUCCUCAAGCCUGAUGUAACUGCACCAGGAGUCAACAUUAUUGCUGCUUUUAGUGAAGCUAUAUCUCCCACAGAACUAGAUUCGGACAAAAGAAGAACUCCUUUCAUUACUAUGUCUGGAACUUCAAUGUCAUGUCCUCACGUUGCUGGCCUUGUUGGGCUAGUCAAAUCCGUUCAUCCUGAUUGGAGUCCAGCUGCUAUUAAGUCAGCAAUCAUUACCACAGCAACCACACAAGAUAACUCUAGAAAGCCUAUCCUGGAUGCAUCAUUGAACAAGUCAACUCCAUUUGACUACGGUGCAGGGCACAUUAGACCUAAUCGUGCUGUGAACCCUGGACUUGUAUAUGACCAGAAUAUUACUGAUCAUUUGAACUUUUUGUGUGCUCGUGGCUACAACAGUUCCCUGCUUAGGUUGUUCUAUGGCAAGCCUUACACUUGUCCAAAGUCGUUCAAUCUUGCAGAUUACAACUAUCCAGCAAUCACAAUUCCAGAAUUUGGCCCUGGACAUUCUAUUAGUGUUACUCGAACUGUUACCAAUGUUGGGUCCCCAAGAACUUAUAGAGCGCACAUCAAGGCACCACCACAAGUUCUAGUUACGGUUGAGCCUAGGGAAUUGAAGUUCAAGGCAAAGGGUGAAAAGAAGGAGUUCAGAGUUACAUUGAAAUUGAAACCGCAAAAUGUGAACACAAGUGAUUAUGUAUUCGGGUGGUUGACGUGGAGUGAUGGCAAUCACCAACGUGUCAGGAGUCCUGUUUCAGUUAACCUUGCACAUUAAGUGAGGUUUAUGUUGAUGCUGCAUUUAGAUCCUUUUUUACUCUUGUAACAAACAUUUUGUCGAACAGUAUAAGUUCUCUGGAAAUUUGGAAGAGAAUAUAUCAAUAUUAAUAAUAUUCAUCUAGUGUUUU